CCCGACCCCAACCCCAACCCGCCAGCUAUCCCACCCAAGAAACCAAAAUCAUCCCCCAACACCCUCACAUCCCGCCCCCACUCCGCGCGCGCAUCCUACCCAGUCAUCAAAUCCCUCUACCCCUCCCUCGAUGCCCCCUCCCUCACAGACCAAGCACACCCCGACCUCCAUCUCCACCCACACCCCCCAACAGCCCCACCCCUCCACCACUUCCCCCGCUCGCAUUCAUCCAUUUCGUCCAAUUCACAGGACCCCGACAACACCGCAUUCCCAACCACCCUCCUCCCGUCCUCAUCCCAUUCAUCAACAAACACGCUCGCCACAACAACAACCACACCACCCAAAACGAAAACGAGCAAGAAAGUCAAUGCGCCGCCCCCGCCGCCGUUCGCGCCGGGGUACGAUCCCACGCUGCGGGAACCAUCGCGCAUCCCGACUACAACAACAUUGGAACCGCUACCACAGCCCUCCUCGCAGAUCCGAAAACCCGCCCCGCCACCCAUCCCCGCGCGCCCGGCGCACAUCCGAAAACGGCUGUACAAACCAGCAGGCGAGAAGGGGUCAGAGAGGGUCGCGGCGCCGGCGGUGCCUGAGAGGAGGAAAAGGCCCAGGUCGGGGGGGAAGAGGGAGGGGGUUGCUUGUUGAGCGUGUUUGGGCGGGCGUGGAGCCGGGGAUCAUCUCAUACCCCACUUAUCUUUUGGGUGGGUUUAUCUUCAUACCCGUUUAUCUUUUUGACAUUUUUCCCAAUUUUUGUACAUACGGUCUCUCCUGCGGUCGGCGUUGAGCGCCCCUGACCUAUAUUUCAUAUUGGUCAUAUCGUAACAGAACGUUUUUCAUGCUCUAGCGAGGUUUCCUCAUGCACAGAUAUACUACUUUCUGUGGAUCGAAACCCACCCCGCCUUCGGUUUCUGCCAAUCCGCAGUGACCCCAAUUCCUGCACCGUGACACCUGCCCUCACGCGCAGCGACGUACGGAAAUGACUGAGGAGAAUCGUUGCGAUCAUCAAUGGGAUGGAAGUUUUUGAUGGGGCUGGCACUUCUUCCAAGAUGUUGUUCUGGGACUUGGGGGAUGUGUUUUUGUGUGGUUGAUGAAGGUCCGACACACUUGUUGGGUUUCGGACUUUU